AUGCUUGUCCAGAGAAACGUGAAGCGCAACGGGAGCAGGAGCUGUUUGAACAGGAGUCGGUUUGGUUCCCGUGAGAGGGACUGGCUGAAAGAGGACAUCGGACGAGGCUGCGUGUGUGUUUAUGGAGGAGAUUCUGCAGCUACUGCUUCUUCAGACUUGCGCUUGGUCCUCUGUACAGUGGACACCCUAGCGUCUGAGAUAUGCGAUGGAGAAGGGAGGAAAAACCUCUUUUUGCAACUCCAUGGAGACCUGGUCAGGAGGCUGGAGCCCACAGAAAAACCCCUUCAGAUUGUGUAUGAUUACUUGGCUGGGUUGGGUUUUGAUGAUCCAGUCAGAAUGCAGGAAGAGGCAGCAAACUCUGAUCUCAGCUGUAUGAUUCGCUUUUACAGUGGUAAGAAAUUGUCUGUGUGCAUACUGUCGCUGUUCCUGUAG